UGCGAAUAAGCAACAGCCAGGAGCUCGCUCAGGUCGACCGGUUGCUCGUGUGUAACGACGCCGGUCAAAGUGACUCCUCGGUGGGCUGUGUCACAAGCGCUCACCGGUGGAAGUGCGCGUGUGUUGUAUUGACCACUGAUCGUAAAGUGAACUUUUUUUUUCUCCUCCAAGACAAACUUGUCAGAGCAGCGCAUCUUCCGCGCAUGCGCAGCUUCCUCGACUCCAAAUAAGAGUUAAAAGAGAAACGAGCCCGCAGGCGUCAUUUUCCCCACUCCGGUUUGUGAAACGGAUCUGGAAUGGCUGACACUCCACCCAACGACGGCCCCUCACAAGGCGCUGACUUUGACAUGAUGGGUGCUCUGGAUUGGAAGGACGGUAUUGCAACGUUGCCAGGAAGUGACAUCAGGUUCCGCAUGACAGAGUUCGGCACACUUGAGAUCGUGACAGAUGUAGAAGUUAAAUGUCAGCAGCCGGUGCCUAAACGGGAAGCCCUGGACCCGGUGCCAUCUCAGAGUCCCACUCCUCCACCAGAGAGCCAGUCACAGACUAAAACAGAACCACCACCGGCCAAUAAUAUUCAGCCAGCAUCAUCUCAAGGAAAAACCCCUGGUCCUGUUGUCUUGUCUUUGGAGGAGACCCCAACUCUUGAAAGUCCGAAAGUUGAAGUUGGUCCGAGUGUCGAAGUUGGUCCGAGUGUCGAAGUUGCUCCCAAUGGAGCGCUCACUCAAUGCAGAACCUGUGGUGGUCACGUUGCUCAUGAUGCCCUCCUACAGGGAAAAUUUUGUAGCCCUAACUGUGCACAGCCGUCUAGUGGCAGGUCAUCACCCGGCGAAGCACGAGAGUGUCAGACAGCUGAAAGCGAGACCUUAGGUAAACGUGUGCGUAAAAAGAGGAAAAUCUUUAUGGAUUCUGGUGACGAGGAGGAUGAAAACCAAGAGGAAGCAGAGGAGAAAGCCAAGACUACCAAGGGCAGGAGAGGACCCAAGAUGGCCAAACUUGCCGCAGCCCCACAGAAUAAAAAGCGGGCAUGGAGCUGGCCGGCAUACCUGGAAGAGGAGCGAGCGAUCGCCGCCCCAGUUAAACUUUUCAAAGAGCAUCAGUCGUUUCCUCAAAGCCGGAACAGUUUUAAGGUGGGGAUGAAGCUGGAGGGGCUGGAUCCGUGUCACCCGUCCCUCUUUUGUGUGCUCACCGCGGCAGAGAUCCAAGGCUAUCGAGUGAGGCUCCACUUCGAUGGCUACCCCGAGUGCUAUGACUUCUGGGCCAACGCCGACUCGUGGGAUUUAAAACCGGCAGGCUGGUGUGAGAAGAAUGGCCACAAGCUAUUGUUGCCUAAAGGUUGUAAGGACGGAGAAUUCAACUGGAGCAUGUAUGUGAAGAACUGCAGAGGUCAGCUGGCCCCAAAGCACCUGUUCAAAAGCCUCAACACCUCUGUGACUCCCUCUGGAUUUCGGGCGGGCAUGAAGUUGGAAGCGGUCGACAGGAAGAACCCGUCACUGAUCUGCGUGGCCACCAUCGCGGCCGUGGUGGACAAUAGACUUCUCAUUCACUUUGACAACUGGGACGACACGUAUGAUUACUGGUGUGACGCGAGCAGUCCAUACAUCCACCCAGUCGGCUACUGCGAAGAGGCCGAGCUUACGCUGACCACACCAGCUGGUAAGACACAGACCAAGGCACAUGUGGAAUAUAAGCAACCUAAGAGUUUCUCCUGGGAGAAAUAUCUGGAAGUGACGGGCACGCAGGCAGCUCCAGCUCGGGCUUUUAAACCGAGACCUCCACAUGGCUUCCAGGUGGGGAUGAAGGUGGAAGCCGUUGACAGAAGGAACCCCAUGCUUAUCCGAGUUGCCACCAUCGCAGACUUUGAUGACCACCGGCUCAAGAUCCAUUUUGAUGGCUGGAGUCCCGAGUACGACUUCUGGGUAGAGACCGACUGCCCCGACCUGCACCCUGUAGGCUGGUGUCACAAAACCGGGCACUCUCUGCAGCACCCCAACAGUGUUAAUGACGUGAGUCCUCCGGGACAGGGAUGUCCCACCCCGGGAUGCAACGGCGUGGGCCACAUCAGGGGACCGCGUUACGGGACACAUUACACUCAGGUGAGCUGUCCUUACUCUGAAAUGAAUUUGAACAAAGAGAGCUUGCUCCCCGACCGCCUCAGCGGCGAGAAACCCCUAACUCUGGGCGGGCCCCUCCCUCGCGGGCGUCGCCCCGAACCCAACGCACUCGCCGCAACGCAGCCCACCGCCGCAUCGGACCGACCAGCGACGACCGACAACGCCCCCGCCAGGAAACCAGCAGAGGUGGAGACCGAGCUCACGGGUCACGGCGGCCAGCCAGAACCACUGGGAGGUGCUGGCGAGCAGCAACAGAAUGGAACCAGACUCAAACGGAUUGCUCCUGUUCCCAAAUAUCUCAAAAUGCACUACGUCAAAGAAGAGGCUGCCGAUGGCAAAGCCUCCCCAGACUCUGUCUCCCUCCAGCAAGCCCUCCACGAGUCGGUAUUUUCGCCUGGCAUCUCCGCCGCGCCCCCCCACAGAGUGGCACUGUGUUGGGACAAACACUGUCAGCUGCUGCCUGAAGUUCUGGGCCUCACCGCCAAGAGGGUGGCCGGGUGGAGCACGGAGGAGGUGGUCAGUUUUGUUAAAGGACUCCCUGGGUGCAAAGAACAUGCCGCUACAUUUAAAACAGAGCAAAUUGACGGCGAAGCCUUUCUGCUGCUCACCCAAUCGGACAUUGUCAAGAUCCUGUCCAUCAAGUUGGGCCCCGCCCUUAAGAUCUACAACUCCAUCCUCAUGUUUAAGAGCGCCGAUGAAGAGUAACUACAUUUUUGUGGAUUGGUUCUCCAUUUAAAAUGGAACUUUCCGAACUUGUAAAGCUGCCGGAUCAAGCAUCUUUGUUUUUUGUUUUUUUUGUUCUCUAAAAUUUGGACUUUUGUUAUUUUUUUUAUAAAGUCCUCAGAGGGCCAUUUGAGCAAAUGUUUGUUACUGUGUAUAUAAUGCAUUGGAGGUUGUAUUUGUUAAAGGCAGGAAAUUUGUUGAUCAUUUUCAUUGUUUCGAUGGCAAAUGAAUGUUUCAAAAAAAGAUAUACCUUCUGCCAUUGUAAAUAAAACGCAGCUACAGCGAGGAUUUACUCCCGCUUGGUUAUGCAAAGGCUAUUUGGUGAAUAUAUUGAAGAGGGACAAAAGACAUUUCAAGUUUUUGGGAAUGUGUACAUCAGUGAGUGUUUAUAUGCAAACAGCUUUUUAUUUAUGGCUCUAAUUUAAGGCUUAAUGGUAUGCUGUCUUGGCUCUGAGGAGUGUGCGUGCGCACGUAUGUGUAUGGAAUAAAUGAGAUGAACAUUUACUGCUGUC